CUCCCAUCAAUUUCAUGGACUCUUCAUUCUUCCCUUACUACACAUCAAACCAAUCCCUUCCCUUUAACGAAAACGAUUCAGAAGAGAUGGUUCUAUUCGGAAUGCUGGCUGAGUCAUCUUACAAUGAGGACUUGUCAAACCAGACCAUGUCUUCUCCAGCAAACAACAUUAGUUACAGAGGCGUACGUCCACGGAGAUGGGGUAAGUACGCCGCAGAAAUAAGGGAUUCCACCAGGAAUGGGGUUAGGGUUUGGUUGGGAACAUUCGAUACCGCUGAAGAAGCUGCUUUGGCAUAUGACCAAGCUGCAUUUGUCACCAGGGGUUCAAUGGCGGUUCUUAACUUUCCAGUAGAGACGGUUUAUGAGUCCCUUCAAGCAAUGGACUAUAUGAUGGAUAUCGAAGAAGGGACUUCACCUGUUCUGGCAUUGAAGAGGUGUCACACCAUGAGAAGAAAAGCUGUGAUUAGAGAGAAGAAAAGGAAAGAGAUGAAGUUAGAUGAUGAGAGUAAGGAGGUGGUGGUGUUUGAGGACUUGGGUGCUGAUUAUUUGGAAGAGAUAUUGAGUUUAUCGGAGAGCUCUUGUUCUUGGUAGAAUAUAUAUAUAUAGAUCAUGCACACGUGCAGUUGAAUU